AGCGGCAGGUGACGUUAUACACUAAAAUCCUACGCAAACGCCAACCCCCACCCACUCGCCAUCCCUUUCCAUUUCUAUAUACAUCGCCCCAAAAAUCCCAAAUUCUCAAUCUCCAACGCCAUGUCUUCCUCCUCCGCCGCCUACGAGGUCGAGGAGUGCCGCGGCGUCCUCCGCGUCUUGAGCGACGGAUCCGUUGUCCGCUCCACCAACCCCAGCUUCCCCGUUCCCGUCCACGACGAUGGCUCCGUGGACUGGAAGGACGCCCAGUUCGACGCCGCCCACGACCUCCACCUCCGCCUCUACAAGCCUCGCCACCGCCUCCCCUCCGACGGCCCCAAAUUCCCCGUCUUCUACUACUUCCACGGCGGCGGCUUCUGCAUCGGCUCCCGGACCUGGCCCAACUGCCAGAACUACUGCCUCCGCCUAGCCGCCGAGCUCCGCGCCGUCGUCGUCGCCCCCGACUACCGCCUCGCCCCCGAGCACCGCCUCCCCGCCGCCAUCGACGACGGCGCCGCCGCCGUGAAGUGGCUCAGCCGCCAGGCCUCCUCUCCCUACCCCGACCCCUGGCUCGCCGAGGCGGCCGACUUCGGCCGGGUGUUCAUCUCCGGCGACUCCGCCGGGGGGAACAUCGCUCACCACCUGGCCGUCCGGUUCGGCUCGGCCGCCGGGCGGGCCGAGCUGGAGCCGGUCCGGAUCCGCGGGUUUGUUCUCUUGAUGCCGUUCUUCGGCGGGACCCGGCGGACGACAUCCGAAGCGGAGUGCCCCAAGGACGCGUUCUUGAACCUGGAGCUGAACGACCGGUACUGGAGGCUCUCGCUGCCGCGGGGCGCGACGACGGACCACCCGGUGGUGAACCCGUUCGGGCCGGAGAGCCCGGAACUGCAGCCGGUCGAGUUCGAACCGAUGCUGGUGGUGGUCGGGGAGCGGGAUCUUCUGAGGGACCGGACCGCCGAGUACGCGAACAGGCUCAAGGAGGGGGGAAAGCCGGUGAAGUUGGCGGAGUUCGAGGGGCAGCAGCACGGGUUCUUCACCAUCGACCCGUGGUCCGAGCCGGCCAACGAGUUAAUGCGGGUCAUCAAGCGGUUCGUGGACGGGAAUCGCAGCGGCUCGAAUUGAGUCGGUUAGAGUGUGCUCUGUGAACCGGUUUGUGAAUGGGGUUGCUGAUGCAUUAGUUUGAAUCGAAAUUUACUUUAAUUGUUGAAGAAGCAAGCGAGUCCGAGUCUCUGUUUCAUGGAUGGAAUGUAGGAAAUAAGAUUUAUAAAAUUUCUUCUA